AUGCCCCUCAUGCCACGGCACACGGUGACAACGCCUCCGAAAAACCGCAAGCCCUGGGCCCCCAAGCCCCAACUGAAAACUCCUUCCCUUUCGCCCAUCCUCAUGCCUCGUCCUCCCACCUGCCUCUGGGUCUUGUUGAGCCGGUGGCAGAAGGCAGGGUGCGACAGGGAGUGGAUCGGCUGGGCCACCGUGCCUGUCAGAGGGCCCGACAGGUAUCCCCCGGCCCUGUUCCACUGGACCGCAGAGCGACCAGGAGAGCCUCGGCCCGGGCGUCUAAAUCUGUGUGUGGGGCGCGAUCGGAUCGGCGGGGACACGGAUGCGGUUGAUGUUAGAGGCCGAGAAGUCGACCAGAAGGGCCAAGGUGGACCAGCAUUGGGCAGGGGGACCCCUGAGAGAGGCGUCCUCUCAUCUGGGGCGGCGUGGGAGGCUGACCCGCUGCUGGUAACGACCGAACUCCCAAGGCGUUGUCGGAGAGUGAACCCGUACGACGGUCUGUUCACGAACUCAAGACAAGAAAAGGCGAUAGAAGAAAAGCGGAAGCGGGAGACACCGCGAAUAAAGAAGGCAAUCGACGAUGCUCACGUCUGCACGCCAGCAACUGCGCACACGGGCGCCUCAGAAAAGGUUGCUCCUGCACACGCGGGCGCCUCAAUUGCACUCGCGGGUGCCCAAGUUGAUGCUCGCUGGCAACUUCAUCGCGACCAGAAAAGGUUGCUCCUGCACACGCGGGCGCCUCAAUUGCACUCGCGGGUGCCCAAGUUGAUGCUCGCUGGCAACUCCAUCGCGACCAGAAAAGGUUACUCCUGCACACGCGGGCGCCUCAAUUGCACUCGCGGGUGCCCAACUCGACGAUGCUCACGUCUGCACGCCAGCAACUGCGCACACGGGCGCCUCAGGGACUGCUCCACCGGCGGCUGGCGAAUGAAUGAAUGGUGCGCAUUGUCGCUAUUGCGUGAAGCGGCUCUGUGCAAUGAGGCCCCCCACUACCCGGCUAUGUUCGCCUGGUGCUCGUGCGGUCUCGGGACAAGAGAGCAGGUGCUGACAAUCUGCGGCUUCGCAUGA